ACCAAUGAUAAAAGAGGUAGGUUUGUUACAUUUUUGCAAGUCAGAAAGAAGGCAAUUCUUCGAAAAAAAGGGAAGUCCAGUCGGGCAUCUCAGUACAAGAGCCACACUUCGGUAUUGGUUUGGAAAGGUGCUUAAUAAGGCGCUGAAAGAAGAUCUAAUAUGUCACUGGAGCAGCCUCACUUGAGCCGCACAGAACUUUUUGUACAGCUAAGAAAAGAGCUCUAUGAUGAUGAAGAGUUCCGACAGUCUGACACCCAUGUUUUUAUUAUAUUGGGUGCUUCGGGAGACCUAGCCAAGAAAAAGAUCUACCCAACAUUGUGGUGGUUGUUUAAGGAUGGCCUUCUCCCUGAAGAAACCUACUUUGUUGGGUUUGCCCGUUCCAAUCUGACAGUUGGAGACAUUAGGAAGCAGUGUUUGCCAUACCUUAAGGUAAAUGGAGAAGAGGAACAAAAGUUGGAUCAGUUUUUUUCUCGUAACUAUUACCUGUCUGGAAAAUACAAUGACCGUUCAGCUUUUGAGGCACUACAUGAGCUUAUCAACAAGCUUCCAAAUGCUGCCAGAGCCAAUAGGCUGUUCUACUUGGCACUUCCUCCUAGUGUUUAUGAAGAUGUGACUCACAACAUCAAGGAGGCCUGCAUGAGUAAAAUGGGCUGGAGUCGUAUAAUUGUUGAAAAGCCAUUUGGGAAGGACCUAGAAAGCUCUAACAAACUAUCCAAUCACUUGUCUUCACUUUUUAAAGAGGAUCAGAUCUACCGAAUUGAUCAUUAUCUUGGCAAGGAAAUGGUACAGAAUCUCAUGGUUCUCAGGUUUGGAAACCGCAUUUUUGGCCCCAUUUGGAACCGGGAAAGUAUUGCCUGUGUGGUAUUGACCUUUAAAGAACCAUUUGGCACAGAGGGCAGAGGAGGCUACUUUGAUGAAUUUGGCAUUAUCAGAGAUGUAAUGCAGAAUCACUUGCUUCAGAUGCUUGCUUUGGUUGCUAUGGAGAAGCCAGCUUCCACAAGUUCCGAUGAUGUCAGAGACGAGAAGGUAAAGGUUUUGAAAUGCAUUAAGGAGGUGAGCGCAAAAUAUGUUGUUUUGGGUCAGUAUGUUGGCAAUCCUGAUGGUGAAGGAGAAGCUAAAAAAGGGUACCUUGAUGACCCAACUGUGCCUAAGGACUCUCACACAGCCACCUUUGCUACUGCGGUACUGUAUGUGCAGAAUGAGCGCUGGGAUGGUGUGCCUUUUGUGCUACGUUGUGGUAAAGCACUUAAUGAAAGAAAAGCUGAAGUUCGUCUGCAGUUUUCUGAUGUUCCAGGAGAUAUUUUUGACCGACACUGUAAGCGCAAUGAGCUAGUAAUAAGGGUUCAACCUAACGAGGCUGUCUAUGCCAAAAUGAUGACUAAGAAGCCAGGGAUGUUCUUCAAUCCUGAGGAGUCAGAGCUUGACCUUACUUAUGGAAGCCGGUACAAGGAUGUAAAGUUGCCAGAUGCCUAUGAACGCCUCAUUUUGGAUGUCUUUUGUGGAAGUCAGAUGCAUUUUGUACGCAGUGAUGAAUUAAGAGAGGCAUGGCGAAUCUUCACUCCACUUCUCCAUGAAAUAGAACAUGAAAAAAUUAAGCCUAUCCCCUACAUGUAUGGCAGCCGUGGCCCACCAGAAGCUGAUGAGUUGCUCAAGAAAGUCGGAUUUCGUUAUGAGGGGACAUAUAAAUGGGUGAACCCUCACAAGCUGUGAACCUGUGUGGAGACUGACAAAAAAGGACCAAUGUCACAGAGCAAGGAAGCAAGCAAAGCAUACCCCAUGUUAGAUUCAAAAGAAAAGACUCAGGUGUACAGGCUGACCAAAUGCUUGAUCCUGAUUAAAAUUCAGUCAUUUA